AUGUUGACGCUACUCGUACUCUGUCAAUUCCUGCUUGUAAGGGCACUACAAAAUCCAAUCAUAUCUGGGCAAGUAUUUGAUCAUUUGGUCAAGUUCAACAAACUAUUGCUGACUAUAGGCAGCUGGAAUCCUGAUCCAUCCAUCCUCCAGGUCAAAGGCACUUAUUAUCUGGCAACCUCGAGCUUUGAAUAUUUUCCAGGCACUCCAAUUUAUGCUUCCGUAGACUUGGCCAACUGGACUUUGAUCUCUCAUGCACAAAUCAAGCCGAGUCAAGUUCAGUUAUAUGGCACGCCUACCGGAGCAGGUGUUUGGGCGCCCACAUUAUCUUACCACAAUGGCCUCUUCUAUCUAGCUUCCAUGACAAGAUGGACAUAUGAUCCAGUCGCGCGCGUUUGGCCCCGUGUCAUGUUCAUGUCUUCCCCAGACUUGAUCACUUGGUCUGAUCCCAUUUGGGCCGAGCCCUGGGGCAUUGAUCCCAGCCUUUUCCAUGAUCCCAAGUCGGGCAGAACCUAUCUCAACCUUAUGGCGCCAAACAAUAACAAGGAUCGGAUUUGGGGGAUAUAUCAGUGCGAGGUAGACUUGGACUCUGGUGAUUGCUCGGGAUCAUAUAGAAGCCUCUGGAAUGGUACGCUAGUACAAAAUGCUACCUCACGCCUCGAAGGGCCCAAAAUGUUCUACAAGGACCCAUACUACUAUCUCCUCACUGCCGAAGGAGGAACCGAUGACCAACAUCGAUCCACCAUCGCCAGGUCCGAUUCCCCAGAAGGGCCAUGGAAAUCAGCACCAAACAACCCAAUAUUAUUCAACGGCCGCUGGGGCUUUGAUAAUUUGACUGUACAAUCCACUGGACAUGGCACAUUUACAGAGACUCCCAAUGGGGAAUGGUUCUGCUCGUUUAUAGCACGAAGAAAGGUAAAUGGAUCAUCUCCGCUAGGACGCGAAACCUUUCUUACAAGCGUAACAUGGCAAGACGGCUGGCCUAUACUCAACAACAAUGAGCCAAUCACGUUGAGUCAGAACAUUUCGGGAGUAUCGGCCCAAAAGCCUCCCCUUCAGCCAUUUGAAGACGAGUUUUGUGAGAGAACCUUGGACCUCUCCUGGUACCAGCUCAGGACACCAUAUACACGAAACUAUGCAUUAGCAUCACAGGGUCAGCAGUCUUCCAAGCGGCACGGUAAUGAUACACAAUGUGGUCUCAUGUUGAAACCCAAUGUCUUUGGUUUGAGUGAUAGGGAUACUCCGUCUGCACUAUUGCGCAAGCAAAAGUCGUUGAACAUGACAUUCUCGGCGACUCUCUUUGCUUCAAAUACCUCGCUGGGCUCUCGUCAGACGGUGGGUAUAUCUGCCUACCUGAGCGAGUAUUCCCACCAAGACAUUGGCGUCAAGGGUUGCACCAAUAGCACUGGUUUAUGCAUCUACUCUCAACUCAUCAUGAACACGACAACCAUGGUAAAGGAGGUCCCUCUUGGUCAACACACUAUUCCACAUGAUUUGACGCUUCAUAUUCGAGCCAAGCCACUCUCCUACUCUCUUGGGUACACCAUUGGAGAUAGCAUAGUGACUUGGGUGGAUGAGUUGCCCUCUAGCUGGUUGGCAUGGGCUCCGUCUGGAUUUUAUGUGUUUUCCGGAGCCAGCUGGGCGAUCUUUGCUAGUGGAGGUGGUGAGCCCUGGGCACCUACCGGAGGCAUUGUCGGGUUCACAAAGGUUCGAGAAGAUUACUUUCAAGAAGAUAUUCCAGACUAUGAUGUCUGGUAA